AUGGAACAGAGUAACGGAAAUCUUGAGCACCAGAAAGAGGUGCCGGACGAAACUCGUCCAAAUGAGCCGACGGAGCUUACGAACGGAGACCACGCCGAUGAAACACAAGAAAGUGAGCAGAAUGGAGGAGAUGCUCCAGGGCUCUUUCAGAUUACUGUGAAUUUGCCGCAUGAUCCCUAUAAGAUCCAGGUUAUGGUUUCAAGCCAAGAGCAAGUCCAGGAUGUCCGACAAUCCAUUGUUGAGCUGCCCGGGACUUUCCAGUACACUAGCUUCCACCUGGAGCACAACGGAGUUAGAAUAAACGACUAUGUUGAGCUUUCUGAGGUUAAGGAUCUUAAACCUGAUGCUGAAAUAGUCUUGGUGGAGGACCCAUACACCGAGAAGGAGGCCCGAAUGCAUGUAAUCAGAAUCAGAGAACUCAUUGGCGCUGCUGGAGAUCGGGUGGACAACUUGCAUGGAAUUUAUGCCGGUUUAUCCCUCCACGAUUCUGUUGCUGCUGGUGAAGAGUUAACAGAUGAAUUGGCCUCCUCGAAGGAGGAUGCGUCUGAAACUGGCGAGCAUGCCCUUGUUGGCUACGAGCUUGCCGGCCCAGCUAAUCUCCGAACUGUGCUUCCCCGCAAGCACGCGCCAUUGCCUAAAACCGUGAAGUCUAUCUCACUCUCCCCCUGGAACCCUCCUCCAUAUCAUCUUCGGCAGAAAGGGCAUUUGCUUUAUUUACAAGUCACCACCAACGAGGGUGAACAGUACCAGAUCACGUCCCAUGUCUCUGGAUUUUUCGUCAACAAAUGUUCUAAUAGCAAGUUUGAUCCGCUUCCUCGUCCAGCGCCUAAAAAUUUCAGCUCCCAUUCUUUACUUACCUUAAUUUCUGAAAUUUCCCCAUCGUUCGAUAGCGCCUUCAAGGCCCUUCAAGAGUUCAACAACAAAAAAGACCUUCUCACUACAUUCCCUUUCCAAAACUCGAUACCGCAUAACCCGUGGUUUGUCCCCUCCGCGGCCAACCCGGUGUCUGCUCACCAAUCAGACAUCACCAGACCUCAGGAGAAUUACCUGAUUGCUGGCGUAGACAACUCCGAAACCCUUAGAGAUUGGAAUGAAGAAUUUCAAACGACACGAGAAUUACCUCGAGACACCGUACAGGAUAAAGUUUUCAGAGAACGAUUAACGUCGAAAUUGUUUGCAGAUUACAACGAUGCCGCGGCUCGUGGCGCGGUCCUCGUCGCACGUGGCGAAGUUGCACCUUUGAACCCCACAGAGGGUAGAGACGCCCAGAUUUUUGUGUAUAAUAAUAUAUUUUUUUCGUUCGGAGCUGAUGGUGUUGGAACAUUUGCCUCCGAAGGUGGUGAUGAGGCCGCCCGUAUUGCUGUGGGUAAGGACGUUAUGGGUGUGAAAGCAAUAAAUCAGCUUGACAUUCAGGGCCUUUUCACCCCAGGAACCGUUGUGGUUGACUACCUUGGAAAGCGCGUGGUUGGCCAGAGCAUUGUACCUGGUAUUUUCAAACAACGGGAACCCGGAGAACAUCAGAUUGACUAUGGUGGCGUUGAGGGCAAGGACAUUGUUGCAAAGAACGAGGCUUUUACCCCCGUGUUUGAGAAACUCUCCAAGUCCUUGCGAGUCAAGCAGCAUCCUGUCUGGGAUAAAGAAGGUAUCAGGCAUGAGUUGGAAGGAAGUGUUGAGACCAAAGGUCUUCUCGGAACUGACGGUCGUAAAUAUGUUUUGGACUUAUAUCGUAUUACGCCCUUGGAUGUUCUAUGGUCUGAAGAUUCUGAUAAGUACGAGCCUUAUCCGCAUCGCAUGUCUGUCCUCCGAUUAGAGCUAGUGGAGUCUUACUGGCGAUUCAAGAUGGGCCAGUUUGUUAAAGGGGAAGUUGAGAAACGCAAAAGAGCUCAGAGGGAUGCGGAACAGAAGGCUGAACAAGACAAUGAGAAGGAUGAUAAAGUUCCUUCUGAAGAAAAGGCGGAUUCUGAGAAGAAAGAUACCCCACAAGACCAGGAACGAGUUGAUAUCUCGAAUUUUAAACUGGCACUAAAUCCUGAUGCGUUCAGUGGCCAAGUCCCACAGACAGAAGAGGAGAAAGAGGAGUGGGCACGAGAUGAGAAAGAGGUUCGCGAUGCCUGUGAGUACUUGCGGACGAAGGUGAUUUCUGAACUUGUUCAAGAUCUCCACGAUGGCGAUGUUGGCUUCCCGAUGGAUAGCCAAUCCUUGAGCCAGCUUCUUCAUAAACGUGGUAUUAAUAUUAGAUACCUCGGAAAGCUUGUUGAAUUGGCUAAGGAAAAGGGCCAGAGACUUCGAGCUUUGACUGUUCUGUUAACCCAGGACAUGAUUGCUCGUGCCUUCAAGCACAUUAUCAAUCGUUAUCUCCGCCACCUUCCAACACCGUUUGCCACCUCCUGCAUCGCUCACUUGCUCAACUGCCUUCUUGGAACCGAGAUUAAUUCGAAGCCACGUCCCGAAAUGGAUGAAGAUCUUCGGAAAAUCUACACCAGUGGUGACUUUUCUUUUGAACAGGUCACCCCCACUUCUCUUCGAGAGGAUAUUGAAAAACAGAUUCAAAUUCGUUAUCGCUGCACUCUUGAUGCUGACUGGGCUUCAUCUCUCAGACAUCUUCAACUUUUGCGUGAUAUCUGUCUCAAGCUUGGCUUCCAGGUCGGCGCUAAAGCAUUCGCUUUCGAUCGAUCGCAAGUCAAGAGCCAGGAGCAUUCUCCCGUUUCCAAUGGGAGCCGGAGCGCCGAGGAGGGUGGUAAGAAAAAGAAAAAGAAAGGCGGAGACCAAGCUUCUCCACGAUCGGCCCAAAGUCCUGCGCCAGCAGUUACCUUUGUCCCAGAUGAUAUCUUGAAUAUUGUCCCAGUAGUCAAAGAUGCGUCGCCGAGAAGCGCGCUUGCAGAGGAAGCUCUUGAGGCCGGGCGCAUCUCUUUGAUGCAAAACCAGAAAGAACUUGGCCAAGAACUUAUUCUGGAAUCGCUAUCACUCCAUGAGCAGAUUUACGGCAUUCUUCACCCAGAAGUCGCGAAGCUAUAUCACCAACUGUCAAUGCUCUAUUAUCAAUCAGAUGAUAAGGAUGCAGCGAUUGAACUCGCUCGCAAAGCAGUGAUCGUUACAGAGCGUACCAUGGGCGUGGACUCUGCCGAUGCCAUCUUGAGCUACCUCAAUCUCAGCUUGUUUGAACAUGCCACUGGCAACACCAAGGUUGCAUUGGUAUAUAUCCGACAUGCUUUAGAGUUGUGGAAGGUCAUUUACGGCCCUCACCAUCCCGAUUCAAUUACGACCAUGAACAACGCCGCCGUUAUGCUUCAGAACCUUAAGUUAUACCCCGACUCCCGAAAAUGGUUCGAGGCGUCUCUCGCAGUUUGCGAAGAGCUUUUCGGAAGACAGUCUGUCAAUACAGCCACCAUUCUGUUCCAACUUGCUCAAGCUCUUGCACUUGACCAAGAUUCAAAGGCUGCUGUGAAUCGCAUGCGGGAUGCUUACAACAUCUUCUUGAGCGAGCUCGGGCCUGAAGAUCGAAACACUAAAGAGGCUGAAAACUGGCUCGAGCAGCUCACCCAGAAUGCAGUGUUUAUUGCCAAGCAUGCAAAAGAUGUUCAAGCCCGCAGACGUCGUUUGGCAAACCUGCCUACUCGUCUGGGAACCAAGCCCCAGCCCCAAGUUGGGCAAACCACCUCAGAAAUGUCUAAUGCCGCAGAAGCUAGAGGCAACACCUCUCUGGAUUCUCGGAGCAUUGACGAACUGCUAAAGUUCAUCGAAGGUGGCGAGUCUAGCACUCCACGCACUAAACAGAAGAAGCGCGCUGCUGCUCGCAACCCUAAACUCCGCGGUUCAAAACAGUCCACUAUCAAAGCAUCGUCCUGA